CCAGUAUCAGGCCUCAGUCAUGUUCCCAGUGCACAGGGUUCCACCAUCAAACCUCAGUCAUGUUGCCAGUCCACAGGUUUCUGCGAUCAAAUCAGAGUCAAGUUCCCAGGCCACAGGGUUCCAGAAUCAAGCCUCAGGCAUAUUCCCAGGACACAUGGUUCCAGAAUCAAAUCUCAGUCAUGUUCGCAGGCCACAGGAUUCCACAAUCAAACCUCAGUCAUGUUCCCAGGACAAAGGUGUCCAGAAUCAAACCUCAGUCUUGUUCCCAGGGAACAGGGUUCCAGAAACAAACCUCAGUCAUGUUGCCAGGCCACAGGUUUCCACCAUCAAACCUCAGACAGGUUCCAAGGCCACAGGGUUCCAGAAUCAAACCGUUCUCAUGUUCCCAGGCCACAGGGUUCCAGAUUCCACUGAUGUCAUGUUCCCAGGCCACAGGGUUCCAGAAUCAAUCCUCAGUUAUGUUCCCAGGCUACAGGGUUCCAGAAUAAAACCUCAGUCAUGUUCCCAGUCCACAGGGUUCCAGAACCAAGCCUCAGUCAGGUUCCCAGGGCACAGUAUUCCACAAUCUAAACAGAUGUCAUGUUCCCAGGCCACAGGUUUCCAGAAUCACGCCUCAGUCAUGUUCCCAGGCCACAGGUUUCCAGAAUCAAACCAAUGUCAAGUUCCCAGGACAUGGGUUUCCAGAUACCAGGCCUCAGUCAUGUAUGCAGGGCACAGGGUUCUACAAUCAAACCUCAGUCAUGUUGCCAGUCCACAGGUUUCUGCCAUCAACCCUCAGUCAAGUUCCCAGGCCACAGAUUUCCAGAAUCAAACCUCAGUCAUAUUCCCAGGACACAUGGUUCCAGAAUCAAGCCUCAGUCAUGUUGCCAGGCCAUAGGGUUCACAGAAUCAAACCAAUGUCAAGUUCCCAGGCCAUGGGUUUCCAGUACCAGGCCUCAGUCAUGUUUCCA